AUGGAUUUUAUCUUCGAGCUUGCACCAGAUGGCCAAGACCGAACGGGUAUUCUGGUCUUUGUCGACAGAUUCAGCAAGAUGACACAUCUGGUGCCUGUUCAUGCAACGAUCACCGCGGCUGAGACCGCGGUGCACUUCAUUGACACUGUGUUUCGCCAUCACGGUCUAUUAGACAACAUUGUCUCGGACCGUAAUCCUCGUUUAACAUCUGCUUUUUGGACGUCAUUGUUCGAGUUGCUUGGCACAAAGCUGCAAAUGUCGACAGCAGCCCAUCCGGAAACGGAUGGGCAAACAGAGCGAGUUAAUCGGGUCCUCGAAGAUGUUCUUCGAAGUUACGCAACGUCCUUUACAAGUUGGAGUGCGUUUUUGCCACUCGCGGAGUUUGCACUAAACAACGCGGUUCACGCGUCAACGGGGUUGACGCCUUUUUCUGCAAAUUCGGCCCGUCAUCCUCGUGUACCUACUCUUCUUGCCGUGGGUCAGUCCACGGCUCUUCGUGGCUCCACUCUGGCGGAAGGUGAUAACGAUAAACAACGAUCGAGUGAAUCUCACGGUAUUCUGAGCGCGAAUGUUGUCAACCAUUCCAAGGCGAAGUCUUCUGUUUCGACGCCACGUGACGUGGCGUCCCCGCUCGCUCAAUGGACUGCACAGACGCUGAUCGAUCCUUCUUCGAGUAUGCGAAACCCUAAAGCUAACUACGCGCCGAUUGAAUUGGCGCGAACAAUUGAUGACAUGGCUGUGUCAGAGUUUAUACUCCAACGUCAAGCCAUCACGAGGUUUGUACGCGAUACUCUUCGAUCUGCAGUGGAUAAACAGAAAUCGAAUGCAGACAAACGUGGAAGAAAGAACACGAGCACAUUCAAGAAGGUUGAUCGUGUAUUGUUAACUACCGAAGGCCUACGAGAUUCAGCAGUAACAAUCUAG